AUGUUAUAUGGUUUCUUCGGCUUAGGAGGUGUCUCCUUCAAACCCGAGAAAGAUAUUCCUGAUCUCUCUGGCAAAGUCAUUCUCGUUACAGGCGGAAACGUUGGUUUAGGUCUCGAAACUAUUCUUCAAUUAUCUAAGCACAAUCCAUCACAUAUAUAUCUCGCCGCUCGAUCCGAACCUAAAGCCACCGCCGCGAUCAAAGAAAUCCAAACCAAAGUACCGAAUGCGUCAAUUACCUUUAUACAAUGCGACCUUACCUCCCUCGCAUCUGUCCAGGAAUGCACCACCCAAUUCAAAACGAAAGAGUCUCGUCUCGAUCUAUUAUUCCUAAAUGCGGGAAUCAUGGCGGUACCAGCUGCGACUACAGAACAAGGCUAUGAGAUUCAAUUUGGGACAAAUCACGUUGGACAUGCUCUUUUAACGAAAUUGCUGCUCCCCACAUUAUUGAAGACGGCAGAGCAGAAAGAUGCAGAUGUGAGGGUUAUCUCGUUGAGUAGUUUGGGUCAUACAUUAGGUCCUUUUGGAGGUAUCAAAUUCGACGAUUUAAAAACGGAUAUGAAUACUUAUCCAACAUCUUCUCGAUACGGACAAUCAAAGCUGUCGAACAUUCUUUUCGCCAAAGGGUUGAACAAAAGGUACGGCGAGAGAGGUAUCACAGCUGUAUCUGUUCACCCGGGAGUUGUGAAUACAAAUUUGUAUGGGACCGCGUUGGAGAAAUAUGGGGUGUUUGGGAAAAUCGGAGGGGUAGUCAGAGACUUGGCUUUCACUAGUAUGGCUGAUGGAGUAAAGAAUCAACUCUGGGCUGCUGUAGCAAACAAGGGCAAUGCGAAAGGCGAAGUUUUGAAAGGCGAAUAUUAUACACCUGUGGGAAUCUCUGGCAAUGGAAAUAAGUACACGGGAGAUGAGAAGUUGGCAGAUGAUUUGUGGGAAUGGACGGAGGAAGAGUUGGCAGGGUAUUUAAAUGUUUGA